AUGCAAGCUCUGAACGAGCAGUGCCAAAACUUGAUCCAGUACAUGGAAGAUGAGAAACGUAAAGAAAAAGAUCUCCUCUCUAAAAUCAGUCUCAUAGAGGGUAGAGUGAUGAAGUGCAGGGAAAGGAUGGGCACCAUGGGAGGGAUUUAUUGUGCGAUGGUCUCCAGUGAAUCAAUCGCAAAGCAAAUAAGAAUACUCGAAAAUCGUCUGAACAAAGGGAUGCAGAAGUACAGCGAGGCCGUGGCGUAUAACAAAAAACUCAAGGAAGAAAUAAAUAACCUCAGACGGGAACGCGUCGCCUUUGACAAUCUCUAUAGGAAGAUGGAACGUGAUUUGCUUGAGAAAAAAAGAAGUAUGGCAGAGGUUAUUGACAUGGCCAAUGCUGCAUACAAAGUUCGAGAUGAGGCUCACCAGCAGGUCGCAGUGCUGAAAGCGCAAGCAGGGAAAGAACACAAAGAUUUUGAGAAGGAACGGUCUGAGCUCAGCCGCCUGAUUGAAGUCUACCAGAAGAGUAAGCAGAUCAGGCAAACAAAGAAGUACGAUCAAGCGUCCCAGAGGAGAACCAAUCAGUCCACUGAAGCGGAUUCCCCGAGUAGACUGCAAGACGCCUGGAGCGUUGGUGGGGACAGUGGAAGUGCAGAUGGAACAGCUGCGCAAAUUGAAACCUACAAAGCAGCGUUUGCCAAAAUCCAAGAAGCCACUGGAAUGCCCAGCAUCGAUCAGCUUCUUGAGGCCUUUGUCAAUGCAGAGGAACAGAACUUCUCACUAUACAACUACGUCAACGCACUCAGCGCAGAUAUUGAAGCAGCGGAGGCCAAUAUCGUUCAGCUUCAGAGAGACAUAGAUAACUUCCAGUCGUCCAGCUGUGUCACAGACAAAAGGAAACAAGAGGUGCUGCAAGAGCUAGAAGCGUAUUGCACUUCACUCGAAAAGAAGACCAAAAUGUUCGAAGGGAAAAACGAAGGUAUAUCAAAAAAAAUUGGCGAACUGAAGCUUGGGAUUCAACGAAUCUUCGACAAGCUCGAGUGUCACGAGCUGUACUCGGAGGAGCUGUGGUUCAACCAAGGGUUGAACGAUUCAACUGUUGUUCCGUUUCUACAAGCAAUAGAACAUAGAGCAGACACCAUCAUCGAAUUUUACCUUCACCAGGCUGAAGCUUCGGAGGCUGCCGAUGAGGGUCUCGUAGCUGACAAAGAAUCUGUGCCCGAGGGCAUAGGUUCUGAGGUCGAGAAGAUCGAGCAGGUCAAAGCAGAUGAAGAGGCCCAAACGCCCGCGCCCAAUGAACAAACAGCGGAAUAUACAGCAACGGAGGACGGAAAAGCUGCCGCGUCAGGGGCAGUGGCCACCCCAGGUCCAGAAGAGGAGGAAGCCGUGCCUGAAGGGGGUGCACCUGAAGCUGCUGCUCCAGAAGCUGCGUCUGCCCCUACCGACAAAUCAGCCAUAGCAACCGGAAUGCCGGAUGGCAUUCUCAUGAAGAAGGAAGAUUUGUCCAAGAAGAUGGAGACGACGUUGAAGACGAAGCUGAGGUUUGUUCGUCGCCAGAUGAGGACGAGAGCACAUCCCACAGACAUGCUGAAACAGGGCAGCGAAGACGAAGAGGAGGAGAGGGAAGCUGAUAUUGACGAUGCUGAAGAGCAGUAUAUAGGUACGCCAGUUGAAUGGCCGCGUUCAGCCGGAGCCCAGGGUUAA